CAAUGUCCGUAGCGCGUAAGAGAUCCGCUGCUCCGAUAUUCGAAAAGCCAUCGGACAUCAUGGGGUCAAUAUGCGGGGGGAAAAGUUGGCGGAGAAGAAGGGCACCUGGCCAUGGACUCAGAAUGCUUGUCUCUUUUCGGCUGCGUCCUGUCCCCUCCGCUCUCUUCCACGGCCACCACAAGCCGUGUUCUAUUCGGCUUCUCGUCCAGUACGUUUCGCCCUGAAUGGACAAGCUGUCGGACGCCUCUGCCAAAUUGGUCGUGUGGGACGACGAUGACCCCGAGAAUCCACAGUCAUGGUCGAAUCUCCGCAAGUAUUGCAUUCUAGCCACCAUUUCGACAGGCUCGCUAUGCGUCACAUGUGCCUCUUCUGUAGUGACGAGCGCCUACAAGGGUAUAGAGAGGGAUCUGGGUGCAAGUGAAGAGGUCGCCAUCCUCGGCCUGUCUUUAUUCGUCGUUGGACUGGGCCUUGGCCCAAUGCUCCUCGCUCCUUUUAGCGAAUUCUAUGGCCGCAAGCCCGUCUACUUUGCUGCCUUUCUCGCCUUCUUCCUUCUCGGCUUGCCGGUCGCCUUUGCCAACAAUAAGCCCGUCUUCUUCAUCUUUCGCUUCCUCACCGGCUUCGCAGGCUCCGCGUUCCUCUCCGUCGCCGGCGGCUCGGUCGCGGAUCUCUGGGCGCCGAGCGAGACUUUUUUUCCCAUGGCCUUCUACACCUGCUCUCCUUUUGCCGGGCCUGUGCUGGGUCCUGUCUUUGCCGGUUUCAUAAACCAGUACAGCAACUGGCGGUGGUCGUUCUGGGUGAUCACCAUCUGGUCUUUCAUCAACCUCGUCGCCUUGACGCUUUUUGCGCCAGAGACUUUUCAUCCGGUCCUUCUGUCUAGGCGAGCAAGGCAGCUGCGCAACACAACGGGCGAUGCGUCGUACUAUGCAAAGCACGAGCUGGUUCUCGAAGGAAAGAGCCUGCUGAGCACGAUCUCCGCCAGCAGCACUCGAGUAGCAAAACUCCUGACCCUCGAGCCGAUGCUGCUGCUCCUCUGCAUCUGGUGUGCCAUCCUCCUCGGUAUCCUUUACCUCUUUUUCGAGCUGUUUCCCAUUGUCUUUGCCAAGCAUCACUUUCAAGAGUAUCAGGUUGGGCUCUCGUUCAUAGGCAUCGGUAUCGGAAACUUCUUGGCGCUGGCUACGAUGCCCUUCUUCAUUCGUCGCUACCACGCUCGGAUGGCUGACCCAAGCCGAGCAGGCCCGGAAGCCAGAUUGGAGCUGGGCAAGGUCGGGGCAAUCCUCGCACCAGCUGCGCUAUUUACCUUUGCCUUCACUUCAUACGCUCAUGUUCACUGGAUCGCCCCCAUCAUUGCCUCUGUCUUCUUUGGAGGCUCGAUCAUCUAUGUCUACACCUCCGUCUUCACCUAUUCGGCCACAGUCUGGCAACCGCUCGCAGCGUCAGCGAUGGGCGCCAACUCUGCGCUAAGGUCGGCAUUUGCAGCUGGCUUCCCCCUCUUUGCCAACCCCAUGGCUCGAAGACUGGGCACUGUUGGUACGGCAGCCCUCCUUGCUGGCCUCACCUGUCUCAUUGCCCCACUGCCGUUCUUAUUUGACCGAUAUGGUCCGCAAUUACGGGCCAAGAGCAAGUUCUCAAUGUAACAUACUGUCAAGCCCGGUGCACAUCCUCGGGACGUAUAUACCCUAUGACAUUCUCUCACACACAGAGCA